GGUGUGCAUGUUGUUUUGAUUCGGUGAAGGAAAUUCUCCAGUUUUCCGGGUUUUCCGGGUUUUCCGGUGAUUUUGCGGGCAGAUUUUCUGUCCUCAUUUGCUAAUUUUACCUUGUGUAGUGUGAUCGUUGUCAAUAUUGGGGCAUGGGCGGUGUGGACACGAGUCGGUGGAAGCCGCGCCGUGCAAAGGGAACCGUGAUUUUCAAAACGAGAAACCAAUUCGCUUGGGGAGUGAUAGCAGCCGGCACGGUUAUCUUUGGAGUAGUUUACUCCAUCGCUAGUUACAUUGGAGGUGAAGAGCUCAAGCAACGCAUGCAGAGAGAUUUUUACGAAAAGACUGAGGAGGAGAUCGAUCGAAGGAAUCUGAUGCGAUUCAGUUUGGUGGCACCGAAGCGCGGCGACACUAUCCGGAAGCUUUUGGAAGAGGAAAAGGACGAUCAGGCCCGGAAGUAAUCAUGAGUAGGAGGAUCAAGUACGCCAAAUUAAGGCUAACUAAGCCGAGCGAUGGUCCGGCAAAAACCUGCUCACACGGCGUCGACGAGGGAGCUCCCGCACCAGCCGACGAGGGGUAAUACUAGUAGAAGAUAAAAGGACUAGAUUUCUGUUGUAGUUCGUAACUAGUCAAUAAAGUAAUGGUUAA